AUGGUUGUAGUGUAUGAUCCAGUAACUGAAGGUCCAGAUCCAAAGUCCAAAGAGAUUGGUAGAGCUCAAGGCAUGUACAUAAAUUCACAGUUAGAUGGCAAGGGACUGCACUUGAUGUUAUCUGUUAUUUUCACUGAUGGGGAAUUCAAAGGGAGUACUUUGGAGAUUCCAGGUGCUGAUCUUUUUGCAAUGAAGGAGAGGGAAUUCUCAAUUGUUUCAGGGACUGGCUCGCAAUUACGAGCAAAUUCUUCGCAUUUGCGAAGUGUACCUGGGCCAGCCUUAGUUCGCAUUUGCGAUCAAGAGGUUGCAUUUACGGGAGCCAGUGUUCGCAUUUACGGAGAAAUCUUCGCAUUUGCGAAGUACGAGCUAUGCAAGUAG